CCACAUUCCAACUCAACCCCGGACAGCUACGAUCCUAACCCUUUAUUACUUUCUAGCCCGUAGUAUACACUCCGCCGUGGUUCAUAUUGCCAGUGACAUCUUAAUAACGCCCUGUACCCCGCCCCGAAAGGCCAAUUGGCCUCCCUCCCUUCCCGCAACUAUGUCCCGGUCCGCGGCAGAUGCAACCCGCUUCACAGCGACAGGUCCCUAUGCCUCCUCGAAAACGUCAAUAGUAAAUACCGGAACCCCAAAAUGGACAGGCGCAAAGUCCAGCACGUCCAAGACGACCGGACCGUUCGCAGGUCCCGAAGGCUCCAAACAAGAGACUCCCAAGCAAAAGGUUGAGCGGCUACGUGCUGAGGCUCGGGCCGCGCGGUAUUCGAAAGCGUUUACCCCGAUGGAUCGGAUUAUGUCCAAAGGACGGAUAUGGGCUGACCGUGCGCACAAAAUUACAGUUUAUACCCUUAUAACUGCGUCCGGUAUCGCUGCUGCUCUCACAAUCUACUCAGCAACAUCUUUGAUAAUCUACAAUCGCCGCCAAAGACAACUGUGGAUUGAUAAGGAAUUACAAAAGCUCUUAGAUGCAAGAAAGGCAUAUGUCGCGGGCAAUCCCACGCCAGAUCAACUUCUAUUGUUGGAAAAGGAGAAACAGGCGGAGGAGGAAAAGAGACUAAAUGAAGAGCUGAAAAAGCAAACAAUGUUUUACAAGGGAAAGGCAUGGUUAUUUGGAGGAUUGAAAAAUGAAGACAUUCCAAGUGCUGGAUUCAAAGGCGCCGACGAAAUUGCCGAUUCGAGACCGAGCGUGCUGGAAGCUGUGAAUGCCAGCAGGGUCGAUAACGCUGCACCAUUCGAACGAGGGCCGAACCCUGGUGGCCAAUUAGAACCGAAAACACAUGAAGGAUCGAAUGAAUCGAAAAGAAGUUGGACGAGCUGGAUAACGGGACGAUAAAUACCAAUGGGAAGCUGCCAUAUCUCUGCAACUUUCUAGUUUCCGAAAGUGAUAUAUCAAGAUGCCCAUUUUCUUCAACUUGACAUUUCCAUUUUUUUUAUUGGCAUGUGUGCUAUAUGUGUCUCCCUUGGCCUUCUCAUUCCUCCUGGCCUCAUUGACUCGGAAUCUUACUGUACAUAUUAUUUUAUCAGCAUUGCUUUGUGGCCAUUUUC